CAAGUUCUGGAAAGUUCUGGAAAGGUUUCAUCACAACCUGAACAACAGUAAGACCGUGGCUCAUUACAGUCAGGCGUGCAGGAAAAUAUUCUGGGAACAAGAUGGAACCUGGUGCCUCUGACAUCUCACUGGAUUGGAUGAGAAGCAAUAAUGGUGUCCACAACUCUGAAGGCAAAGAAACACAACCUGAGCUAACUGGCCUAUGCGCAAAGCCUAUUCACACCGACUCAUGCAAUGCUGACUCCAGUUACACGGUCACCUGCACAGUUAGCAUGGUGCUGGCUGUGCCGAGAGGUCAAGAAGAUGUUCCAGUUAUGGCUCCAGAGGCAGAGAGGCAACCCAAGAAAGUCCAGCCUAAAUAUACUGUAGAGCUACCCAAAGUGCAGACCUAUUACCACAUAGAGUACAAUCUCCUGCCUGAUGAAAGUGAGCCAAUUAAAGUAGACCUGGUCAUGUGUGGUUCGAUGGCCAAGGUGUAUAUGGAUAAUGAGACAAAGGUGCUGAAGGCCUGGCAGGAGGGUGAUCACCUUUGGCUGGGCUGGUCUCAGUCUGUGAAGCUCAAUGUGACCAAGGAGCUGCUUAUAAAGAUGUCAUCACAUAACAUAACCUUCCGAGUCUGGGACACCAAGGACAGAGUGUCUCCCAAAGCAAAAUAUGACAGACCCAAAGCCUUCAGAUUGCCACAGGGAAGGAGAGUGGAGGAUACAGACCAAAGAGGUCCUAGUCUGGAUGGUGAACCGGAAAGUGCAGGUGGCGUAAAGGGUAUGGUGUAUAAGUUGCGAGCUCUUUAUGAGAAGCAGAACCCAAAAACUUCAACUUCCAAGAAAUACCAAGAGGACGUUACAUUAAAAGACUUCAAAGGACCUUCAAGCCUCAAGUGUGGCACAGACGAUCCCAAACGGUCCACUAUGGAGGCAAGUGAAGUCCGUGAGAGACCUCUAUCAUCUGCUGUUCCAAUUACUGAUGGAUUACAGGCACAAGAGGCAGCAUUUUCAACACAAAGAAUAUUGGCUUCUACAAAAAGUGGCACACUGAGGGAGAGCAGCUUGGUGCUGUCCAAGAAGAAACAUGCUCCUAAAACUGUUCAGGAGAGAGCAGCGGAGGAGGACUUGCGCAAAAAUGGAAUCGCCUCAGCUGAACUCAAGGCUAUAUAUUUUCUUGCAGGUGAAAUGUCACUGGUAGAUUGCUUGAUGAUCCGCUGUGCAAGAGUGAUUAAGAGCUUGUGCAGCAUCACGCUAGAUAAGCCAAUUCUGUCUGAAGAACUUAAGUCAGAGCUCAACCCACUGAUCAUCACAAUCUUGUCAGUAUCUUCUCUCCCAUCUACUCCUGUUCCCUUUUAUGAGCUUGAGCAAAAAUGCGUGCCUGUUUACUGCCAAUACAAGUUCCUCAACAUGCCUACCCACAGGACCAAAGGACUGAGUCAUGGACCCAACAUAUUCUUUAAAGACAUUAAUGUGAUCUUCACUGGACUUCUUAACUCUGAAGAGCUGCUUGAGUUCUUUAGUGGCCCACCAUUAGAGAUUGAGGUUCAUGACCGUGAUAGAAAAGCAAAAGAACCGCAUUCUAGUCCAUCAAUUUUUGGCACAGAGGCCACUGAUGACAAAUUAAGCAGCACAGAUUUAGUCCCCACCAAACAAACAACCUACAGCCCAUUUAGGGAAACGGGAAAACUCUGUGACCCAUAUGGUAUUGCCAAGCUAAAUUUUUCUGAUCUUCUUAGAGGGCAGGGUUGUUUGAAAUUCAACCUACCUAUAAGAGGUUCCCAUCCAGUGCAGUUGCUGGUCACUGACAAGUAUAAACAAGGGGAAAAUGAACCAGAGACAGCAGGUGCUCUGGAUGUCCAGGACAAGGUUAUGCCAAAUGGUCAUUAUCUCAAGGCGAACUCCGAGCUCAAGGUGCAGGUCGAAAUAGCACACCCCCCCAACGCUGACCCCGACAAAUGUGAACGGCAUUGUCCAUUUGGCCGCAUUAUUUACAUCUUCAAAUACAACAAUAUUGCUUUUCUGGAAAAACUGAAGUCUGAAAUUUUAAGAAUCAAUACAGCUGCGUUUCAAAAGCAUCACUAUGAUAAGGAAACGGACCAAAUGUUCUUACAGGAUCAUGUGAUGGAUGCUACAGAAAGAGACAACAAAGAUUUGAAUGCUUUAACAGGGUUUUACUUACUGGAUCAAGCUCUACACAUUUUUAUUCUGGAAGGACUGAAGGAUGAAGCCAUCAAAACGCUCUGGGAAACAGCCCCUGUAGAGUUGGCUGAAGAUGUAGAGAAGCAUGUCACAGUUCUUUAUAACUCAGGUUUACGCUUCUCAAAAAGGCUUUAUGACACUCUGGAUGUUGGGUUGAGUCCAAUUCAUCUCCACAAACCACUAGAGACCAUCAUGAAACAACCCCUGGUGUACAUCAGAGACUCAGUUCCUGACUCAUGCCUACAAGCCAUGUUACGAAUAAACCACCUCUGCCAAGUAAGUAAACUUGAAGAAGUGGUAAAAAGCAGCCUGUUCCCAUCGGCUGAAAUGGUUCGUAGUUUGAGGAAUGAGUUUGGAAUUAUUCCUAGCAGAGGAGUGGAGAAAUUAAUGCCAGACAGCGGUGAGGCAAAGGUUGUUGUGCAUUCUCAUCUGUCGCAUAAAAGAAAAUACACACCCCUCGACAGCUUCAAUAAAAAUUAUCUGGCUUGGAAACACAGUCAAGCAAAUCAAGAGCUUUACACAAAACACUUUAUACAGGCCAACAUUGAGGACAUCCAAAGAGCAACAAGUGAUUUACAGACGCUAAAGCCAAAAGUGUUUGUAGCUGAAGUUGAUGAUGGUCAGUUGGCCCACAACUACAGUAUUCAGACAUUUAACUCCACCAGUCUGGCUAAGGAGCUCCUGCGUAAGGAAAUGGCAAAGGUUCCAUCUCGCAGGUUCACCUAUAGCCAGCAUUACCACUCCCUCUCAGUCGACCCUGUUGAUAUAGAGGAUGAGCGCAAGGCCUUGGAGGCCAGGUCCAGAGCUGCAUGGCGUACCUGGAAAGGCUUCAUCUGCCACGAUGUCAGGAACAGCAUGGAAUCCAACCAACACCCCCAACAGCCAGAUGAGGCUCGGGUGGACGAGCUCAGAAAGCCCUGGAAAGAGAACAUUCUUCAUGAGAACAUACUUAAGCCAGUUUUGAACAGAACCACAUGGCCUUGGAGCAAACGGCACGAGGACUUCGAGCUUUACAGGAAACCACCUGCUGUUUUUAGUCCAGCUCCCCCAAUUACUAUUCACCUCGCAGGAGAAGUACUUCGUCAGGAACAGCUUCAAGCGGCACAUGCGCAGUAUGUCAGAUGGCGGAAUAAAAUCUUGCCUGAAAAAGAGUCUGCAAGUUGCGGUCGAGUCCCAGAAUUCAAGUGCCAUACGCGAAGAGUAGGCCUAGACAAACUACAUGACAUUUUGAAAGACAAGCCUAUGAAGCUAUCUCUGAGAGCAUGGACAGGAUCAUUGCCUGUGCCAUACACUGACCCCCACAAGGAGGAAAAACUGGAGCUCAGUCAUUUGCCAGACAAACGCACAAAAGCAAAACGCGACAGUGAACAUAGCAAGCCACAGUUUAGACGUUACUGGAGGUCACACUCCUUUCAGCACAAGAGAACUGCAUCGCCUUUUACAGACGAAGAAAAAAGUUUGUACGUCUUUCAAAGACCCCUGAAUCCCACCAUGAAGUACACAGAUUUGGCUGACAUCCAGCACAUGCACAAUGUCGUAGAAACAAGGACCAUUAACGGUCUUGAUGUUCACAUUAAGUAAAAAAGCUGGUACU